UAUUGGUAUUGUCAAAAAGUUCGGGAUCCAUCGGUGUGAAGGAAAAAAUGGUUUUUCUUUUCAUACAAUGCGUAUUGGAACCGUCCGUGCAUUCUAAUUGAUAAAGCUGUGACCUUAGAUGUUUCGUUUACACUAUUUCGUGUACAGAACACUUUUUGAAUGAUGUUUUCAAUGGGAAAAUGUUCGGACCGUAGUAGGUCGGGUACUGAUUCAGAGGCCGGUGGUUUGGUGAAGACGUCUCUGCCUACGGACGAGGUAGCGUCUGCGGUAGCGGCGGUGUCUGACGAGAUCGGUGAUAUCUUGAAGGAUGAGCUAGGGGACGCUGAGCUUGCAGACCUCAACGCGGAGCUCGAUCUCCUCGUGGAACUGGCAGACGCUCCGCAAGAAGACUUUCCAUCUCUAUUCGAGAUCGCUAUUGGUCACCGCGCCUCUGGCAGUGGUUCCUCGUCAUCAUCAUGGUCGGGAGGCAGGGGGGGCAGAUCGAGACGGCCCCAUCGUCCGCAGCGCGUGUCACGGAGGCGUCCUAUCGCUAAAGGGAAAGAAAUGUGCCGGCGGCGCAGCGCGGUGGCGCGGCGCGCGGCGUCGCUGCGCGUGCGGCGCGUGGAGGUGGUGUCGGACGCGUCCGACGUGGGCGCCGACUCCGACUCCGACGACCAGUGGACCGAGCUCGACAACUCUGGCAGCACUGAUACCUCUUCGGGCAAGGAUAUAGGCGGAUUGGACAUUGAAUGUCCGUCUUAUCAGCAUAAAGGAUCGCAGGUGGACCCCCCAGCGAUGGGCCAGUUCCUGUUGCCUCUUCUCAGUGCUGACCCGACCGCGCCUGACCCCGAACACUUUCUGAUCCGGCACGAGGAUAUACUGCAGCUUCUCGCAUCUGCAGAGGACAGUGUUCGGGACGAAAUGCCUCUCGAAGAUGACGCAGCUCUGGACUCGGCGCCUGACAUGUUGAGCGGUGACAUUUAUGAAUGCGAGGAGCCAGUGGUGACCCCGGAAGACGAGGCCGCGCUAUUGCAUUUCGUUUGUGAAGCUGAGCAAGCGAUGAACUCGAAGGAGAUACCGUUCAAGCCCGUUGAGGAGUGGUUGCUGGGCGUUUAUCAUUCUUGGUGUGAAAUAAGUGCUCUCAUGUAUACACUCAUCGGGACCAAUAUGAGCGUGGAUAUGGUGAAGUCGGACUGGUCGUACCGCGCCCGCUUCGGCUGCCACUGCCGCCUGUGCCUGUCGCUCGCCAACAACGCGUCGGCGCUGCACCGCUUCCUCGCGGCGCUGCUCGCCGACCUCGCGCACGGUGGCAACACAGUCUCCAUCGGUGCGAACAUAGUUCGAGCGCUCCGCCUCACUCCGGGCAGGGAUAGUCGGCCAGCUGAUUGGGACCUCCAGAGGCUACAGCGUGUCAAAGUUUGUGAUGACGGUGCCUCGAUUAUUCAGAAUCAUCUAAUAAGGUUAGCGCGCGAGAACGAAGUGGCCGAUCAGAUCGUCAACAGCAUCUGUCUCUGUCGAGUUUAUGAACGACCGUUUGAUAAGCAAUACGCGAUGGAGAGACUGUGCAAGCUGCUGGAUAAUUUUAAGACCGCCUCGUCUAUUACUUUUAAGGUGGAGAUGGUCCCGGAGGAGGGCGCGGCGUGGGGCGAGGCGGCGCGGGCGCGGCUGGCGCGCUGCCUGGCGCCGCACCAGCGCCGCUCCACCAGCGAGCGGCUCGCGCACAUGGCUGCGCGCACCGCGCCGCACGACCUGAGCGCCUGGUCGGGCUACAAACAUCGCUGCGACUGUCUCACUCCGAGGACCCUGUGCGCUCAACAACGAAAGCAACUGCUGAGAAUAUCCUUCUUCGGUAUGAUGCAAACCGUGAACGAGUUCAAUGGGACUAAGGAUGUGUUAGACAAGGCGAUAGACUCGAAGCCUGACAGUUCGAGCAGGGAGUUGCAGCAAGGGGACGGGACGGGCGCCAAGCCUCCCGAUACGUUCGAGGAUCGUCUGAGCAAGUCGAACUCGGGUUUGGAUAUGAGCGACUCGAACUUCACGGAUGACCUUGACGACAGCUCGUCGUCGUCGCCGUCGUCGUCGUCGGGCUCGGGCGGCGGGCGCCUGUGCCGCUCCGUGCGGCGCCUCAUGCGCUCCAUCGCCGCCAUCGAGCGCCUCAUGGACCGCGUGCUGCGCCACUGCGACCGCUGGACCGACCGCGACGCCAGACGUCGCGUGCACGCCGGUCUGUCGGAAGUGGAUCGCAAGCUGAUGGCCAUGUACCGACGUCUGCCCGACGUGCACCGACGACAGCUGCAGCUCUAUCGGAAGCAGAAGAGGUUGUCCACGGUGUGCACGCAGCUGGUGGGCGGGCCGGCGCCCGCGCCGCCGCCGCCCGGCUCGCCGCCGCCCGCGCCGGCGCACGCGCCGUGCCGCCUGCUGUGCCCCGAGUACCACCUGCAGCGCUUCAAGGAGGUGCGGCGGAAGGUGAUGCACAUGCGGGACCAGCAGCUCUACUACCACCGGCUGCGGAUGUGGCUCGAGGACCAGCUGCGGCAGGAGAGGGAGAGCUUACCAGAUUGCAACGUGUCCGACCUACCGAAACGGAAACGUCGUAAUUUGAGUCCAAAAUUACAGAAAAUGGCGUCAGCUCCGAAACGAAAAUUAAAACCUCAACUGUCCCAAGCGAUCAUAAAACCCCAUAAAAUAUUACAAAUGCUCAAAAGUAAAGUCUCCCACCACAACCAAGACAUAAAAUCCCCCUACAAAGAAAUAGAUAGCGCUAAAUCAGAAGCGGAACCGCCGGAAGCGUUCCCGUUAGACAAGGAAGACAACAUAAGCGAUACGGAAACGAUAGUAGGCGAAAGAGAGACGGGUGAUAUUUGCAAAGAGAUGAAAGAAUGUCUCGCUAAAUUCGCUAAUUUUGCACUGAAUAGUCCAGAGGGAAAUCCGAAGGACGAAUACGAGAUGCAAACAGACAUUGACGGUAAAUAUCCCGAUUCGGUGAGUCCGCCGUUGCAAGAAAUGUCGCCGACCACCACCGAACCGAUUCCAGUUUACACGCAAAAGUCUCAGAGGAUCAUAGCUGUUAAUAAAAUAUUCAAUAAAGACGAUAAGGUUAUUGAUUUCCAGUCCCAAGUGCCGGAUAUUAAUGUACCCCUGAAUGCGAGAGCGAGGGAUGCAAAUGAAACGAAAGAGACGGACAAUAACGAAGAGAGAGACGAAGACGACGUAGACGUGUUCAAAUAUGUAAUAUUCGGUUUGAAAAUUAAAAAAGCAAUGGAGGAAUGUCAGAAUAUAAUCAAUUCAUAUAAUAAGGAUGCGAAGAAGAGGGACGAUGACGAGCCUCCCACUCUAGAACAGAUCGUCGAAGUCAUGCUGACACUAGACAAGAAUUCUGCGGAGUUUCUAGAAAAAAUGGACGCAGACGAUCCGAUAGAUAUGAACGUCGCAAUGUCGAAACUAUCAGAGCUAGUCGAGAAUAUGCCCCAGACGUUGGCGAAUAUGCCGGAGAUCGCAUCGAAGUUGUCCGAAUUCGCAAACGCCAGCACCGAACUACCAGAAUUCGCGUCCAUUAUGAAUAGUCUACCGGAUGUCAAUAACGACGCUCAAUUGACGCCGGAAACGCUGAAACAGAUUCGCGAACUGAAACUGUCGAAGCGUGACAACAUUAAAGUAACUAAAAACACUGCCAAGCGUAAAAUUAACCGGAGAUACAAGACCGAUGACGAUGUCUUCGAAUUCGAAGGUAUCACCGAAAUACUAAAAGACGAAGAAGAUCUGCAGAACAUUGUUAAGAACAAAAACAAUAAGGACGACUUCAAAGAUUUUCUAUUUUCUACGUCAGCUCAAGUAGUUAUUAAUAAGGCUUUCGAUUACCUCAAACAGAAUAAGAGUCCGGAGCUAUCGAAGUUUCUCGAAGAAGGCAAGGAACUACUAUUCCUGCCGCGCAACAGUUUAAAUACGGAAAUGUAUUCGAAGGCUUCGACGUUGUUCGAUAAUUCUGUGAAGGAUGCUCUGAGUAUGACCGAGUUACGGGAUAUCGUCAAAUCGAGGUUCAAUUCUUGGAAACACAACGUCGCAACCAAACUUAAAAGUAUACCAAUCGAGAUAUUAGAAAAUGAAAUUGAAAUUAUGUUAGACAAAUUCUACUCGUCGAUCCAAGACCUCGCGUCGAAACAGUGCAACAGCGAAAGUGAUAAGAUAAUUGAAAAGAUAGAUGAACUGAAUAGAAACAAUGACGACUCAGAUAACGAAGGGUGUUCGGCUUCAAAAGAAACACUCAAACAGAUAAAUAAAUUACUGAGCACGUUCGCCGGUAACACUCUAGAUUUGUUAAUAGUUAAAUUGUCGAAAAUGUCCGACGAUAAAAAGUCGGCUGUGAAAAGUCUCAAGUUUAAAUAUCUGGACGUCGUAAGACGAUGUGCCGAGUCGCAGCAGCUCGUGACCUGGAUAUUUCUGGAUCCAGAAAUAGCUAUCAAUGUUAUCCAGGAAUUGACGGGAUUAGAAGUAAGGAAGUUAGACAAUGCUCCGGAUUUUUCGACGAUGUCGAACGAUAGAAAGAAAGAUUAUUUCAUGAAUCGUUUGAAAGAAACGAAUCGACAGUAUAUGGAGACAUUACCCAAAAAAGGCUUAACCGGGGACGAAUGGCUCGUUAUGUUGUAUAGAUUAGAGCAAUUGGAAGACAUGUUGAGAGACUCGUUCUCGAAAAUGGCUCCGCCCACCAAAGUCGUACAAACUCAAGCGAGCGAAGCAGAGAUCCUUGCAGCUCGGGGUCUAAGCAAAAUUAUCGGCAAAGCGAACGUUAGAAUCGUCAAGAAGACGAACCAGGAACCGCCGAAACCAGUCAAGAAAGAGGAAUUACCGAAUAACGAGGACGACGAUAAAAAGUGCAAGAGUUACGCUCUUCUAGCGAAAUGCGAAGCGGUACUGACUUCGAAGGGUGAAAAAUCCCUCCUAGAUAGUUUCAAUGCCAUAAAGUCUUACAUAACGCAAGGCCUUCCCGUCCCAGAGACAUAUAAAAAACAUGUAAUCACAAUAUGUUCGAGCAUCGACGCUAAAUUGCUGGACAUAGAGGAGACGCUGAAAACGGACGAAGUCGAAGCCGAUUUAAAAGACAAAGACAAAGAGCUAGUGGCGAAAUAUUCAGCGCAGGCGCUCCGGAACGCGAAGCAGACGUUGAACGCGGUCGCCUUCAGGAACAUGUCGAGGAACGGCCAGACGAAGUCGGAGAGCGACGUCUGCGAUACACCGAAGAACAGCUGCAAGUGGACGAAUGAUUGUGUCUGUGACGCGUGUAAAGAUUCCGACGUUUCGUCCGUGUGCUUGGGCGAUAUAGUGAAGUGCUACGAUGAUAAAAACAAGAGUGUCCUAGACGAUAAGAAGAAGGAGAAGAAGGUGGUGCAGAAGCCGAAACAGCCGCCGAAGGCCUGCGAAAAUGGGAGCCAUCAGCAGCAUGUCUGUAAAGUUGGCCACGGAAGCUGUGCUGGCGAGGGUCCCGCCGACCAGCCCUGCAACUGCUGCUAUUGCACCGUAUUCGGACAUGCGCCGCCAUUAACGACACCGGUGCCGCGUAACUUCAACGAGACGAGGGAAAGAUUACGAUCUAUAUUAAAUAAGAAGAAACAGAAAUGUAAAACAAAUGGAGAAGUUGAUUCUACCCCCGAGCGGUCGCCUCCUCAGCUGCCAUCGGCUCCGCAAACUCCCCAAGCCCCAUUGACCCCGCAGCAGUCUUCGACACCACCAGCUCUUCCCAAGACUCUUCCGCCGACGCUGACACCUGCGCAGGCGCAGCAGAAGCGGCAGGCGAUCGAGAAUCAACAGAAACAGUUAGCUGAUAAAAUGGCGAAGAUGGUUGUGACUGAGAAACCGGAAAUUAAACCAAAGUUGCAGGCGCUCCAGCGCUCGAUACCCGUCCAGGUGAAUAUGCAGGCAGCGUUGAAGGCGGAGGGGAAGGUCAAUGCGAACGCAAUGGAACAGAUACGAUUGCAGCAUUACAAACAGCAGCAGCAGCAGGCUCAAAUGCAGCAGAUGCAGCAGCAGCAGCAAGCCCAACAGCAGCAGCAAGGGCAACAACAGCAACAGCAGCAGCAACAGAAUAAACCGGAACCGAUAUACGACUUGCCGAUACACAACAAACCAACUCUAACGCCGGAACAGCAACAGCAGAUCAGAGAACAGCAGCAAGAAAGGCACGACGCACUGAUCCGACAACGUCAGAUGCAGCUUCAUAAACAACAUCACCUGCAGCAACAACAACUGCUACAAAAGGAAUACCAGAUGAAACAGCAGCAGAAACAAUUAUUAAAACAACAACAACAACAACAACAACAACAACAGCAGCAGCAGCAGCAGCAGCAACAACAACAAAAGCAGCAACAGCAACAACAAAAACAGCAGCAACAACAAAAACAGCAGCAACAACAACAACAGCAGCAGCAGCAACAACAACAGCAGCAGCAGCAGCAGCAGCAACAACAACAGCAACAGCAAAUGCGACAGAGUCGACAGCAACAGAACACUGCUUCGAUAUCAAGUAGAGAUACUAGCGUGUUCUCAACGAGCUCCGGGUGUUCAGGUGGCUCGUGUUGGCGAGGUCGCGGUGGUUGCAAUAACAGGGCGGAGGACCCUCGCGAUCUGGACGCGCUCCUGCAGUACAUCGAGGGUCCAGCGAGGCACGUGGACAGGGGCAAGAAACGAGCGAAGAAGCAGCGGCAGAAAGCUAAGAAGACGGAGUCGCGCCUGCUGAGCCAGCUGGAGCAGCUGCGGCGCGAGCUGUGCGACGCGCGCGCCACGCACGCGGCGCUGCACGGCGCGCACGCGGCCGCCGCGCGCGACCUGCACGCCGCGCGCGCCGCGCUCGCCGCGCGCAAGCGAGGCAAGAAGCAGAAAUUAAAUCCGGCCCAGCAGGCGAAAAUGCAACUGGUGGCGGAGCAGCUCGGGGACUGCACGACUCUCGUCAAUACAACGGCCAAGGAGCUGUCGGCGGCGGAGCGGCGCGUGGCGGAGCUGGCGCGGCGGCUGGCCGAGUGCCAGCGCGGGCUGGCCGAGGCGCGCGCGCUGCAGGGCGCGCCCGCCGAGCGCCCGCGGACGCGAGAGAUGGAAUCAGAGAUCGAGACGAUACAUCGGCCGAUCGCACCGGCGCUGACCGACGAUCUCACCGUGUUGAAAAUGACUGAAAAUCGAACUCAAGCCCAGAAACAGACGGAGAGUCAGAAGAAACAGUCGUGGGAGCAAGCGAUCGCUCACAUCAACCAGCUAGCCAAGGGAUCCGUGAAAGAGAAGAAGAAGCAGAAAGAACCGCAACCGCAACCGAAACCGGAGGCGAAGCCGAAGGAGAAGAAAGUCGCACCGCCGGUCGUCGAACCCCAACCGAUGUCUAAUAAACAAAGGAAAUUGUUAGCUAAGCAACAGGCAGAAGAAGAGGAAAGAAAGAAGCAGCAGCAGCAACAAGAAGCGAAGGCCAAGAAGGAGAAGAAACCGGAACCGCUGAAAGUAGAGAACAAUAAAAAGGACAAGAAAGAAACGAAGAAGGAAGAGCCGAAGAAGAAGAAAGACGAUAAGAAAGAGGUUAAGAAGGAAGAUAAGAAGGGAAAAGAGAAUAAACAGGAAGUAAAAGCGACACCAUCAACGAAAACGAAAGCCACACAACAACAACAGCAACAACAACCAUCCAAUAAGAAGGAGAAGAAGAAGGAGGCUCAAGCGAAACCUCACGUCAUCAACAUAACCCCGGACACGACAUUAGAGAUUGUUACUAAAAAGAACCAAAGUACGAGUGAACCAGAGAAACCUGCGUCUUGCAGCAUCAUGGAGCAACUCAGUAGUGGUGUACAAGUUGCUGAUCUCAAACUACCGCCCGGCAUCACGCUCACGCGUGUCCAACCUAACGAGAAGAAGGAGGCGCCCGUCAUCAAGUCUGUCCCGCUGUGGCGCCACAGCCAGCUCGAGGCGGCGCCCACGCCCGCGCCGCGCGCGCCGCCCGUCAUCACCGCCGACCCCUCGCUCAUGAUGUUCUCCACGCACGCGCACAACGAACCACCGAAGACGAUCGUCGUGCCGGAAGCGCCGCCUCAGCCCGCCGGGAAGUCGAAGAAGGCCAAGAAGAAGGCCAAGAGAGCCGCGGCGGAGACGACGGAGCAGAGACACGAGGGAGCCAAGAUGGUCACCCUGCGGAACCCCAUGUUCCACCCGAACCUCCCUCCCGUGCAGAUCGCGAACCCCGCGCAGAGCAAGGCCGAGAUCCGGAUCCCCGAUCCCAUCCCCAUGCCGCCGGCCCCCUGCCAGGCCACCAUCACCCCCACGUCGAACGGGAUGUACACCAUCCGGAACCCGUUGAUGUCGAUGAUGCACCAGCAGAACCUGAUGGGUAUCAGGAACCAGAAUCCUCAGAUGACGCCCGCCUUCGGCCAGCCCCAGUACAGCUACGUCAAUCCGAACGUGUACACGCCGCAAGCGUACGCGGAACCCGCACGCAACUCCCCCAAGAUGCCCGAAAACGAUUUCCAGAACCGCAUCAUGAACCUGGCGUCGUUCACGCAGAAGAACGACGAGGGGUACUCCCUGUUCAAAACGCCGGACGAGAAUCCACAGAAAAGUUUCCUGACGCCCGAAUACUUCGACGACCAGGCCCCGAAGGUCGUGUCCCCCAACCCGAUAGGCACGCGACCGGACCACAACCGGAACUACGAGAACGAUUCGCUGUUCGCGAAUCCGAUCCAGCGUCCGGAGCCGAUCGGCACUCCUCUGAAGAAGGACGAGGAGAAGCAGUACUGCGGGCUGUACACCCCCUUCGGGCAGGAGGACAGGAACGUCUUCCGGAACGCGCUGUUCAACGACAAGCAGGAACCGAACCCGCACUCGAAGGUCGACGAGUCCACUCCCUACGUGAACGGGGAGCUGCCGUAUUUCCAGAGACUAAGAGCGGGCUCGAAGCUGAACAACGAAGUGACCAUCCACUACGUCACGGACUCCAAGUUCUACAAAGGGCAGGAGGCCUGCGAGCGCGAGGAGUCGCUGUUCUCCCGCCCGCAGCCCCGCGCGUGGCCCGAGCGCCCGCACAGCCACAGUGUCCAAUCGUCCGUGAGCUCGAUGACGUGCGAGAGCGCCUGCGACAGCGGCGGGACUUCGCCCCCCCAACAUAGACCCGAAUCCAGCGUGUUCCUGCCGGACCGCAGCAUCACCAACCUCUCGUCCCUCGAAGUCUCCGAACGGGAGAUCGAGUCCUUCAAGCGGUUCGACUUCUACUUCGAGCCGCCGCAGCACAAGCCGAAGGUGCAGCUCGACGUGCGCGACAUCGCGGCCGCGCUGCGGCACCACCAGAAGUAGGGCUCCGCCCUCGCUCUAGUUGAUUUCGUCACAAACGAUUGUAUUUAUUUGUAAAGUUUAAUUUAACAUCGGUCAGCGUCUCGGGCCCCUAUGUAAUCAAAAAUAAAUUAGAUUCCUGGCCCCCCGAGCUCGGGGCCCCGCACCACCGUGUCCCAGGCGGCUUCGCCGCUGAGUCAUCGCUUGAAUGUCUUAUCAUUUGAAAACUCCUCGAUUAAGCUCUUUGAGAUCGAUUGGACAUUUCACACAAGAAGGCGGAAUUAUAUUUAUAAUGUUAAACUGCAUCAAUAAUAAGUAACUAAAAACAAGCUGAUCGACGAAGAGUCCACGCUGAGCCGUCCGGGCAGAACCGGAUCGUGCCGACCGUGAAGACACCAGCUCCGCGGGAUCAGAGGGACGGAUUCCAAGUUCAACAAACGCUUGCCGGAAUAUGUGUUCAACAACAGACGCGAUGACAUAAAGAAACAAUAAAAAAAGAUGUUUCUAGAACUCCCGUUUGACUGAAAACUAUGACAAGUCAGGUUAUACAGAACAGG